ACAAACAAACAAACAAACAAGCAACCCCACCCCCAAUACACCACAAAUAAUUGAUUCUUUCUUUCCGACCAUCAAUUAUCAGUAUAACUCAAUUACUUGAUAUUAUUCAUCAUUCAAUAGUGUACCAAAAUUAUAAUUAAAUUGAUUAAGAAAGCAUGGUAAGUGGGCAGGUUUCGCAUGAGUUAGAAGUAAAGGUGCCGGCCGGCCAAGUUUGGGAGCUCUACGGCAGCCUCCGACUGGCAUACCUCGUUCAGCAACAACUCUCUAAUCUCAUCGAGAAAGUCGAUGUUAUUCAUGGUGAUGGAGGCGUUGGGACUGUUCUCCAGCUUACUUUUGUCCCUGGCUUUCCGUCCGGGCGGGUUUGCAAAGAGAAGUUCACAAAGGUUGAUGAUGAGAAAAGAGUGAAAGAAUCAGAAGUUAUUGAAGGCGGAUUUCUGGACUUGGGAUUUACUCUCUACCGAGUUCGAUUCGAAAUAAUAGAGAAAGAAGAUGAUAAGGAAUCCUCUUCCAUAAUCAAGUCCACCAUCGAGUAUGAUGUCAAGGAAGAGGCUGCUGCAAAUGCCUCAUUCGUCUCUAUCAAGCAUUUUGCAGACAUUGCAGAAACUGCCAAAAACUCUUUCACCACCACCACAACCACUUAGAUAAUUAAUUCAGUUAAAAUUUAGUCACCACGCUGCAGCUGCUUAUCCAUAUAUCUAUCUAUGCACCAUUUUUAUUUUUAUAAUCACAUGUUUCCAAGCUCAUCAUCAUUAUCUGGCUAUCUGCUUUUGCGCUAUCACAACCUUCAAAUAUCCGUAACUUGUAAUCAACUACAAUAAUAUAUAUAUAUAUAUAUACAUAUAUCACUAAUAACAAAGCUGCUGCUGCUUGGUUUUCAUCUUCA